AUGGGAGGAGGAAAUAAAGGAGAAACGUCCAAGAGGAGAAAGUCUAAGGGGAAAUCUCCGGUUGUACGUGUUGAUGAGGAUGAGUCAAUGGAGGAAGCGGAGGCACAUGAUUUGGGGGCCUCUCAAGAAAUCGUCAGAAAUGUACAAGGGCAACAGGAGCAACAGCAGCUUCAGGAACAGGAGCUACAGGACCCGCAUCCUAAUGACUUGCUAGAGUUGGACCCUUCCACACUUUGGUUUGAUGUUAGGCCGGUGAAGAAUGUGCUCUCCGACUCGCUAACCGGCUACUAUGUUCAGCCUUGGAGGAAUUAUGGAGAGGUUGAUGAAGAUUCGAGAGAGCACUUUUGGAACUUGUUCAACAAAAAAUUCAAGUGGGCACCUGAGUUAAACAACCAAGUGAAGGACACUUUCGAAGAAAAGUUUGCAAAUCGCCUACGUGACACAUUCUACAACAUCACACACAGGCUGAAUGGUCGCAAACCAAGAUGGCUUAAUAAGGAUGUCCACGAAGGCAUGAUGAAAAUUAUUGCCACCGAUCCAAAAUAUCAGAAGCGGUCGGAACAAAACAAGAAGAACCGAAGAGGCGGAUCCAUGGAAAAUGUCGUUGAACCGACCCACUUUCAAGGUUCAAUGUCAUCUGUACAACAUGCUAAAAAGAUGGCUGCAAAAAACCAAGGCCAAUUACCAAAUGCCCAUGAUAUUUUCUUGAAGACACACUUCAAGGAAGUGCCUGGUAAAGGCCAAGUGGCUGCCAACAACAAAGCAAAAAGGAUUGCGGACACCUACCAGAAGAAGCUCGAAGAAACAAUGAGUCAGGGGAUUCAGAAGAGUCCCAAUGAGUUGUACUGGGAGUCGGUGGGUGGGCGCAAUAAGAAGGGGCGUGUGAAGGGACUUGGCCAAAGUGCAGAGCUCUACUAUGGCAAACAGGGUCGAGGUUCCCGUUCUUCACAGCAAUACACGCCGUCUGUCAUUUGUCAAAUGCAAGACCAGAUGGAACACAGGAUGCAAACUCUCCAAACUCAAAUGGAAGCCCGAAUAGCUGAAAUGGAGAGGAGAUACAAGGAGAGUUUUGAUGAAAUGAUGAGUCGUCUCAACAACAACGACUCAUGUUCCACCAUUCAUCCUCAGCAUCGAGACCCUAGGAACGACCCGGGUGGUGGUGGAGCAGGCUAG